ACAAUAUCAAAGGGAACAACAACAACAAUGCCUGGGUCAACGACAAGUGAUGGAUCCACAAUAGCUGGUGCUUCAAGUACAGUUGGUGGGUCAGGGGCAACUGAAGCAACCGUGACCACCAGUGGGUCAACAAAUAUUGAUGGAUCAUUAACAACUCGUGGGUCAACAACAAGUGGUGGUUCUCUUACAACAAGAGGGUCGACAACAAUUGGUUCCAUAGUGACCCAAGCUUCCUCACCAGUUUUUACUCUUGCAGCAACCUUGGAAAAACCUUUUGUGGAAGAACUCAGUGACCCAAACAGUGUUCAAUUCAAAGCACUUGAAGUACAAGUUGUAACAGUGUGUGAUACAAUCUACCGUACAAGAUAUGGAUUGUUUUUUGUUCGCACCAUUGUGAUACGAUUCAGACGUGUAAUAGUAAGUACUCGAAUGGAAGGCACUCGAGUGGAGGUUGCUCUCGUGUUCAACAAUACAAUUACAGAAGAACAAAUCCCUGCAGAGGCUGAAUUGGUACAAACUUUACAAAACGCUUUCAUUAACCCCAACAACACGUUCAACAUCUCUGUUGAUCCAGCGACCAUUGAAGUCAUGCGAUCUACAAAUACAACUACAAGUUCUCCAACUGCAGCCCAGACUUCAAUUGCAACAACGUCCUCUGUAACAACAGUUUUGGCAACAACUGAACAACUUGUAACACAGACACUGACUUUCCGCUCUGCUGGAGAGACAUUUACAAUUGACUUGCUGAAUACAUCUUCUUCAGCAUUUAUCAAUCGAGCUGCAGUGAUCAAAUCUAAUCUUGAACCAGUCUACAAGGCAGAAUUCUCUUCAUUCAGGAUUUUGACUGUGACUUCAUUCAGUAAUGGAUCAAUUAUCAACAACAUGGGCCUUUCAUUUGCAAACACGAAUGUUCCUAAUGGCACUCAGAUUGCAAAUGUUUUGGUUGCAGCAGCUUCAAAUAUCACAGCCUUUAACAUUGACACCAGCUCAAUAUUUGUGAAUGGCAUACAAGUUUCAGGUGGAGCAAGCCACAAAAUCAGUCUCAUCACCGCAUCCUUCCUUGUGCUGCUGUCAUUGCUACUGUCAAACCAGCAAUAGCAUCUGUGCUGGUAUCCCUUUAAAACCAUUUAGAAAGUGAAUGCUAUCACUGGGAUAAAAAAGAAUAACUGAGAGGAUAUCCCUUUCUAUAUGGCUGGGGUCGAAUGAUCAUAUAUACUAUUUAAUCCUUAGUUAACAGGACAAGCAUAAUAAUGUUCAAUAUAUAAAAAUGGCCUGUUGCCCUUUGCAGGUAUAAGGGUUCAUUCAUGUUGCAAACUUUAAGCACCUUAACUUUAGAUGAUAUUUAUUAUUGAAAUUAUAGGCAUCAAAAUCAGACACAGCAGUCAUAUUUGGACUAUUAUUUUGAUGAUUCCUUAAAUAAUAUUUCCAGUUUGUGAAAAUAAAAGACAAGGAUAACCAAUUAAAUAUUAACUUACUGUAGUCCAGAUUGUUGGUUGCAAGUAAAUGAAAAAAACCAUGCCUUUUCAAAUAUAAUAAUUUCUUUGUGGAAUUUCACUUGUCAAGUCAAUAAAGCUGUCAGACAUAAACACCUCAGAUAAAGUCAAAGGAUUUAUCCUGCUCUUUACUCCAACCCUGACAGGGUCAGAUUGGUGUUCAAGGUCAUGUCACUCUUUAACAUGCUGUCAAAAUAAUGUCAAGCUUCUUUUUCACUUCCUGCACUUACUGAUGUAAUGUCAUGAUAUCUGUGUUCUUAGAAUUUAACUUUAUUAUUGUAAUUUUUUGUGUUUAAGUUAAGAAAAACAAUCUGUCAACACUUCUAACAUUCUAUAAUCAUUUUUGUUGAACUGGGAAAAACAAUUCUUUCUAUUAAAGCUAUUUCAUAUAUCUGCAAA